GAUAAGGGGAUCUGUAGACUACCAUCACAUAGCAAUAUUCCAUGAUGGCGGCGAGUUUUGUCCUGGUGUUUUUGGUACUGUUUUCGUUUGGUUCAUCAGAAGGCUGUUAUUCACAACAAGACUGUGGGUCCAACGAAUGUUGUGUCUCCAACAAUCCUCCCAGGGGGAGACGAAUGUCCCUCCUAGAGGCCGGACACUGCCAAGCUAUGGGCCAACAAGGAGCACGAUGUCUGGUACGGUACGGAGGAGGCCUCACAACACCACCCUCUGAUAUCGUGUACGCAUGUCCAUGUGGUGCUGGGCUGAUGUGUAAAGGAAGCGGCUAUUUUGAAGUCCCGCUAGGCGAAUCGGGUGUAUGUACUCAUCACUAAAGACAGUGGACGGAUGGAAUGUUUAAAGCUUUAAUAAAACAGUCUGUAACUGUAUAGGAUAAUAAACAAUGUUUACGUUAAC